UGGAAGACCAAGCCAAGACCCAGUCAAAACUUGCGGCCCUCGGGAUGGAGCGGUGGUGCUGCUACGGCUGGUGGGAGGUGGAGGUCCCCGAAGGGUGACUAGGGGUGUAGAGGACAGGAAGCGGUUUUGCAGCUGGAAUCAGCGGAAGGAACGUGACACACGGUCGGCCCCACCCUCUGGGAGGAAGAGAGGACCGGGGUCCCAGCUCCCUUCCCCUCCAAGUCGCCCCUCCAGGCUCUGCGCGGCCGCCGGCCACGCCCCUACCAGGCCACGCCCCCGAACUCUGGCGCUGGCCGCGGUGCUGAAACGCGUUUCGCAGAGCGGGCCGGGCGUGGCCUGUGAGGGCAAGCAGGAGGGGCGGGCAAAGCGGAGGCGCAGGCCCAGACCCUGGCCGACCUAGAGGAGGCGGCAGACUCGAGCCCAUCCUGGUCAGAACGGGCACAUUCAUCUGGGAAGCAUCUCUUGCGAAGACAAGGUUGACCUUGGCCUGCUGCACUCCCAACCUACUGGGGGGAAUGUUUGCAUGGCUCCCUGACCUCAGGCUGCUCCUCACACCAGGCUGAGGACUGACCCACGACUUCUGCUCCCUAGAGCUGUAGACCUGCACCCAGCCAGUGUCCCCGUCCUAGUCCAGCGGCCUUCGCCAUGGUGAAGUUGCUGCCAGCCCAGGAGGCCGCCAAGAUCUACCACACCAACUAUGUGCGAAACUCGCGCGCUGUGGGAGUGAUGUGGGGCACGCUCACUAUCUGUUUCUCGGUGCUGGUCAUGGCCCUCUUUAUCCAGCCCUACUGGAUAGGCGACAGUGUUAGCACACCACAGGCUGGUUACUUUGGCUUGUUCUCCUACUGCGUGGGCAACGUGCUGUCGUCGGAACUCAUCUGCAAGGGGGGCCCUCUGGACUUCUCCUCCAUCCCCUCCAGAGCCUUCAAGACUGCCAUGUUCUUUGUGGCCUUGGCCAUGUUCCUUAUCAUCGGCUCCAUCAUCUGCUUCAGCCUGUUCUUCGUCUGUAAUACAGCCACGGUCUACAAGAUUUGCGCCUGGAUGCAGCUGGCUGCUGCCACGGGCCUAAUGAUCGGAUGUCUAGUCUACCCAGAUGGUUGGGACUCCAGUGAGGUGCGGCGUAUGUGUGGCGAGCAGACGGGCAAGUACACACUGGGCCACUGCACCAUCCGCUGGGCCUUCAUGCUGGCCAUCCUCAGCAUUGGAGAUGCACUCAUCCUCUCCUUCCUGGCUUUUGUGUUGGGCUAUCGGCAGGACAAGCUCCUCCCGGAUGACUACAAGGCAGAUGGGAAUGGUACCUGUCUUUCUCCGUGGGAAUAUCCUUCCCUGGGGCUGUGGGUGGAGAAGUGGCUGCGGUGGUGGCUCUCUGAAGCCAAGUGUGUCUGGGCCUCUUGAGCUAAGACCAGCAGCCAAACCUGUCCUCCCUGAGAAAGGCCAUCAGCGGAGUGUUCAAAGCUGGCAGGCUAUUCAGAAGAGACCUGUGAGCAGAAAACAGUCCCAAUAUGGCUGGGGGAGCCAGAUGGGGUCCCCCAGGUGACGGGUGGCACUGAUGCUGGCCUAAGUCAUGGGGCAGGAGGGUUGGCAGGUAGAGAGGAUGGUGGGGAAGAAGUCAUGAGCUACUGCAAAGUGUGUGCCUGGUAAAGUACGAGGUGGUGCUGAACGGACAGCUCCUGCAGUCCUGUAGUGAAAGGCUGGUGCACAUGGCCUCCCAGGCCGCUCUCCAGCCUGUCCAACUCAGUUUGCCACCAGGCAGUUACUGCUGACGCCAGGGGGUGGGGGUGGGGCGGCACGUGGAUCUCUGUGUUUAACUUUGGACUGCCGCCUGGGACUUUAUGCCUGUCUCCAUUUGGUCCUUCCUUCCAAUUAUCCCCAAGGGGCUUUUCCCGUGUGUCUGUCAAUCCAGCCAGAGAUCAGAGCCUGUCUUACAGCCACAAGAUUCCCCAAAUGCUGUUAUGCUAGCAGGUGGCCACCAUUGCACCUGAGGCACCUUAGGGAUCUCCCCAGCCUUCUGAGAGAAAGUUCCAUCACAUCAGACCUUGGACCUGGAUUAGAGGCAGUGACAGCCUCUUACCCUCUGCUGGUCCCAGGGUCAAGGACACUCUGCAUAGGACAAACUGGAGGCCCAGAAGCCAGGCCUCCAUAGCUGAGCCUGAAGCGCACCUGUCUCUGUGACUGGUGAUGAGGACUGUACAUAGCCAGAGAUGGAUGAAGUAUCUUACCCUCACGGUGGCUCUUGAAGCUGCUGGGUAGCCUACUUAGGGGGCAGGUGAGAUGACUCAGCUGAUAAGAGCACUGACUACUCUUCAGAGUCCUGAGUUCAAAUCCCACAACCACAUGGUGGCUCACAACCACCCAUAAUGGAAUCUGGCGCCCCCUUCUGGUGCAUCUGAAGACAGCUACAGUGUACUUAUAAUAAUAAAUAGAUAAAUAAUAAAAGAAUCCUACUUAAGGAAAGAAAAUGUAGUGUUUACAGAGUGCCCUCCCCAUGCAAGGCUGGGGUGAUGUUUGCUUAUAGGGGGCAUUGUUAUCACCACUCACAGGGACCCAAAGAGGCAAUGUGUGGGCAGGGGCUCCCAUCAGCACUCUCAGAUGGUGCCUUCUCUGGAGUGUAGGCUUUCCCUGGAGAGUGAACAGGGAGCACUGUGUGGAGUUCCUUAAAUCUGUCUUAUGUGCAGUGUGCUCUUAGCUAUUUGCAGUCUCUCAUACAAACCCUCUCUGAAGAGCCUCAUACACAGGUGGUCUUAUCCAAUGAUUAAAACAGCCCUGACCUUCUCUCUCUUUUUCUGACUUCUUUCAACCCCGCACACUUAUCUUCAGUCUUUCCAGAUCUUUCUCCCCCCAUACUUUCUCCCCACCGCCCCCCCCAUGACCCAGGUCUUGCUGGCUAUGGCUUGUUAUGGCUGAGCACAUCCGGUUAACAUCCUUAGGUUGGAACACAAACUGGAGUAAGACGUCAUGGAUAAGACUCCAGAUGGCCCUACUUCUUCCUAGGAAAGCCAGAAGCCUCGCUCAGCUCUGCCCCUUCCAUUCCUGGGCAGGAGGAAAAUGUGCUGGCUUCCUGCAGAAUAGGGUUCAGCCUGGAGCCCACUGUUAAUCCGCUGCCUAGACUUUUUGAACCUCAAUUUUUUUUUUCUUUUUUUGAGACAAGGAUUCUCUGUGUAGCCCUGGCUGUCCUGGAGCUCACU